AUGGAGCAUAUCGUCCCAGUUACGCAUCCGGCCCCGGAGCUGGAUGUGGUCACCGAGCAGCAGAUGCGCAAGGGAUCUGUUACAGCGAGUGCCAAUGAAAAGCCACAGGUCAUGGAGCGAACAUGGGGGUUUGCCGCUCGUGUCGACAGCACUGUUACGUACGAAGAAUACGUAUACUGGGCUAAGCUCGAACGUGAGAUGGAAGUCGAGGAGAACAAAGUAUUCCAGGCUGAGCAAGGCACUCCCCUCCUCAACUCUAUCAAGAACAGUUUUUCCAAGUCUGGUCGUGCGAAGGCCAAAGCUGCAAAGGAGGCUAGACUUCAAACCCUGGCAACGUUGAACGAGAAGACACCCGCUGGUGGCGUUACUGUCGCUGACAAUGGCGGCACCUCCGACGGCGCGCUGAAGGUCUCUGAUGCAGAAUGGCGCAUUGCUGCCCGUGCGCUACGAACUGCCAGCUGGGGACAGAUGUUCUUCCUCAUCACCACUGAUAUUCUUGGUUGGUCAGGCGCUCCGUUUGUCUUUGCUAGCGUGGGAUACGGUACCGGUGUUGCUCUCUACCUGAUCUUCGGUAUCUUCGCUGCUGGCGGCGGUUGGGUCAUCUGGAAGACUUUCCUCGAUCUUGAUUCAUCUCGGUACCCAAUGCAGAGUUUUGGCGAUCCAUUUUUGCGGCUCUUCGGCGUGAAACUGCGUCAUUUCAUCAACAUCGCGCAAUCGCUUCAGCAGUUCUUUACCGUGGCUAUCUUGAUCUUCAGCAAGGCUUUGAACAUUGAGCAGAUCGCUAAAGGUAAAGUCUGCUUCGUAGCUAUGAUGGUUGUCAUUAUGGCUGUCGGCAUGUGUGGUGGAUUCAUCCGAAGUUUGAAGAAGAUCGGCUGGAUUUCGAAUGCUGCCGUAUGGAUGAACAUUGUGAACUUUAUCAUCUGCAUGGUUGCUGCAUCACACUUCGCGCCUUACUAUCCGGCAAUCACGAGGUCCACGCUCAUCAAGACUAUUGAGCCCGUCAAAGUGUUCGCUGGUAUCCCACCGGACCAGUACCAGCAACAAGCGCCAGGUUUUGCCGCUACAUUCAACGCAGUCAACACCAUGGUCUACGCAUAUGCCGGUGCUCUCCUUUUCGUUGCCUUCCUCUCCGAGAUGAGACAUCCUCUCGAUUUCUGGAAAGGCAUGUUCAUGGCCCAGGCUUUCAUCUGCAUCGUCUACAUGUUCUUCGGUGUCUUUGUGUACUCCUUCUACGGCCAAUAUUCUGCCAACAACAUCGUCAACGUCGUCAAUCCUUAUGGCCUCCAGACUGCCGGUAACAUUCUCCGACUGCUUUCUGGCUGGAUCGCCAUCAUCAUGUACUUCAACAUCGGCAUGAAGACCGUUUACCUAGAAGUAUUCCAGGCUAUCUUCAAGUUCCCUUCAAUCGUCGAGAAGAAGGGUAAGAUCCUCUGGUACAUCUUGGGACCAUGCUAUUGGAUCCUGGCCUUUGUCGUUGCUGGAGCAGUACCCAACCUCAAUGGUAUUGUCAGCUUGGUCGGCGCCGUCUUCAUGAUGAACUUCACCUACACAUUUCCUGGCAUGAUGUAUAUAAGCAGCAUCAUCCACAAAGCUGCUGAGUUGCCUGGUGAGGGUUUCAACCCAGCAACCCGUGAGACAAUCAGACACGACAACGGUGUGAAGCGAUGGAUGAGAGGCUACAAGAAGACUUGGAUUCGAAGCACCAUCGCAUUGAUCUACGUUCUACUUGGCCUUGCAUGCUGCGGAAUGGGCACCUGGGCUGCCAUCGAAGGUCUCAUUGCCGUUUUUGGGCCCGAUGGAACCGUUGCUGUCAGCUUCGGAUGCCCUGUGCCAGUGUAG